GGCAGAAACCAGUAGAGAGAAAGGGAGAGAGAUUAGUUUGCCGAACUGCUAAAAUUAGAAGAAAAAAAAUUAUCAUCGGUGAAAAAAAAAGAAGAUACAAACGGUGGAAGAAGAAGAAGGAAAAAAAAAGUUUGCCGGCUUUCCCUCUCGAUCGCCGCCGGAAAGAAGCGAGGGCUUCCUAAGGUCGACGACAAUCGGGUGCCCGUCGGUGCGAAGCCUCUGCUGCAUUUCCAUGGCGGCGGAGCAGGAGGACGGGGAGGCGGGUCCCGCCGCGGAGGCGCCGGCGGAGGCCAAGGAGGAGGAGCCACCGCCGGCCGCGGCGGAGCCGGCGGGCGCGGGGGAUGGCAGCGCCAAGGAGGCCGAGCCGCCGCCGGCGGCGGGGUCCAUCGAGGGGCUCUCCCUCAACUACGAGGAAGCAAGAGCUCUCUUGGGAAGGCUGGAAUUUCAGAAGGGCAAUGUAGAAGCUGCACUUUGUGUGUUUGAUGGCAUAGACCUUCAAGCCGCCAUCACCCGCUUCCAACCAUCCCUUUCUGACAAGGGAGCCGCCAAGAAACCGGCGAAAUCAGAUUCAAGUUCCGACCCGCCAAAUGCUGCUAGUCUUGUUCUUGAAGCCAUCUACUUGAAAUCACUGUCCCUUCAGAAGCUAGGCAAAUCAACAGAGGCUGCUCAACAGUGCAAAAGCGUCCUUGAUUCAGUCGAAAGCAUGUUCCAGAAUGGCCCUCCUGAUAUCGAACAAAAGCUACAGGAGACCGUCAAUAAAUCUGUGGAACUUCUCCCGGAGGCCUGGAAAAAGGCUGGCUCUCUUCAGGAUGCAUUAGCUGCCUACCGACGGGCUCUUCUCAGCUCGUGGAAUCUAGACGAGGAAUGCACCACAAGGAUUCAGAAAAGGUUUGCUGCUUUCCUGCUGUAUGGCUGUGUAGAGGCGAGCCCGCCCAGCUCGGGAUCGCAAGCUGAAGGCACUUUUGUGCCAAAGAGCAACGUGGAAGAGGCUAUCCUGCUCCUGACGAUACUACUGAAGAAGUGGUACCAGGGGAAGACCCACUGGGAUCCCUCGGUGAUGGAACACCUGACCUUCGCAUUGUCGAUUUGCGACCAGCCAGCGCUGAUCGCAAAGCAUCUGGAGGAAGUUCUACCUGGGAUAUAUCCUCGGACGGAGAGGUGGAACACUCUAGCUUUUUGCUACUAUGGUGUUGGUCAGAAAGAAGUCGCUCUCAAUUUCCUGAGGAAGUCUCUAAAUAAGCAUGAGAAUCCAAAAGAUACAAUGGGGUUGCUCUUAGCUGCUAAGAUCUGCAGUGAGGAGUGCCAUCUUGCUUCGGAGGGCGUUGAAUACGCAAGAAGAGCGAUUGCAAAUACUGAAUCACUAGAUGUUCAUCUGAAGAGCGCCGGUCUCCAUUUCUUGGUCAGUUGCCUGGGUAAGAAGGCUAAGAUUGUUUCUUCUGAUCACCAAAGAUGCCUCCUGCAGACAGAAACCAUGAAGUCGCUUGCAGAAUCGAUGGCUCUUGACCGGUACAAUUCGAACCUGAUAUUCGACAUGGGAAUCGAGUACGCUGAGCAGCGCAACAUGAAUGCUGCACUUAGAUGCGCGAAGGAGUUUAUCGACGCGACUGGUGGGUCUGUUUCAAAAGGUUGGAGGUUGCUAGCGUUGGUUCUCUCCGCGCAGCAGCGAUUCUCAGAAGCAGAGGUGGCCACCAAUGCUGCGCUAGAUGAGACAGCAAAGUGGGAUCAAGGGCCAUUGCUGAGAAUAAAGGCUAAGUUGAAGGUCGCUCAGUCAUCACCCAUGGAGGCAGUGGAAGCAUACCGGGUCCUUCUUGCUCUUGUUCAGGCCCAAAAGAAUUCCCCUAAAAAGUUGCAGGGAGAGGAUGAUGGUGUUACUGAGUUUGAAAUCUGGCAAGGUCUUGCAAACCUCUACUCCAGCCUCUCAUACUGGAGAGACGCUGAGAUAUGUUUGCAGAAGGCCAGAGCCCUGAAGUCAUACUCUGCCAUGACGCUCAACGCCGAAGGUUACAUGCACGAGAAGCGGAACCAGAGCGAAGACGCGCUGGCGGCCUACGUGAAUGCCUCCUCGACGCAGCUGGACCACGUGCCGUCCAAGGUGGCCAUCGGCGCGCUGCUCUCCAAGCAAGGGCCCAAGUACCUCCCAGCGGCGAGGUCCUUCCUGUCAGACGCCCUGAGGAUCGAGCCGACGAACCGGAUGGCGUGGCUCAACCUGGGGAAGGUGCACAAGCUCGACGGGAGGAUCUCUGACGCCGCUGACUGCUUCCAGGCAGCAGUGAUGCUGGAGGAAUCGGAUCCUGUGGAGAGUUUCAGGGGACUCUCGUGAGAUUAUCACAACAACAUGAAGUCCUCUGUUUUUUUUUUAAUUCUCCAGAUUGCUAUCACUAAUUCUUGUUUGCUUCCCUGGUACCUGGCUAAGGUUAUUGAUAUUAGCUGUGGGUUUUAGUUUUCUUUGAAGUAAAUAGUAUGUAUAUGCACAAUUCCAUUUGUUGUUUCUGCAUUUCAAAUUUUAAACACGGAAA